AUGCUCAAACCUAAACAGAUAAGGCCCGGCUACAUUCCCCGCUAUUUUGACGUGGCUGUCAAUCUGUGCGAUGACAUGUUCAAGGGUAAAUACAGAGACAAUGAGCAUCACGAUUCGGACUCAAACUCUGUUCUAAAAAGAGCACGGCUGUUGAACGUCGACCGUAUUCUUCUCACCGGCUCGUCCUACCAGGAAUCGCGAUGGUCGAUCGACGAGGCUCGUCGUAUCAACGCGAUCGGCGACCUAACACAGUACCCUCAGCUCUACACCACCGUGGGCGUGCAUCCUUGCACUGUUCUUGAAUUUGAGCCAGACCCCGAAAGUCACCUCGACAAAAUCCGACGCCUGAUCAAGGAAAAUCUGCAGGAUGGCACUAUUCGGGCUUUUGGAGAAAUUGGUCUAGACUACGAUAGACUGCACCAUACGCCAAUGGAGAAACAGAAACUGUACUUUGAGAUGCAGCUGAAACUGGCCACCGAAUUCAACCUGCCUCUUUUUCUACACAUGAGGAAUGCACUCGACGAUUUUCUGAGUAUUCUUCUUCCAUUUAUAGACGGAAGCAGAGCAGACGGGCUGGUUCUGAAGAAUAAAAACGUGCUUGUUCACUCAUUCACCGGAACGGAACAGGACUUGGAGAGGAUUUUGCAACAGCCGUCAUUUUUUAUCAGUGUCAACGGCUGCUCGCUGAAAACAGAGGAAAACUGUGCGGUGGCAGCCAAAAUUCCUUUGGAUAGACUCAUGAUCGAGACGGACGCUCCGUGGUGUGAGAUUCGGCGCACACACUCAUCAUACAACAACCUCACCAAAUGUCCAAACGAGUUUUAUCCAUUUGAAUAUGACAUUCCUCAAGAACUCUUGCCGAAGACGACUGCGAAAAAGGGCCCUAAAUUGGCCCUCAACGAGUUUCUGCCAAUUCCGUUGGUCAAAUCCGACAAACUGGCUUCCUUCCUCCAAUCAGAAGACAGCAAGAAACUGGUAGAUCCAAUGGUCAAAUCCAGAAACGAGCCGUGUCUUGUGGGCCAGAUCGCCGAGAUCAUGGCUAAACUGAAAAAGACAGAACCACAAAAAAUUAUAGACUCUUGCUACCAAAACUCUCUUCGGUGGCUCGACUUAUCAUAG